AACGGCGGCAGCGCCAGCUAUGCCGAGGCCAUGCUUGAAGAGUGGAAGCAGGACCCGUCGAGCGUGCACGCGAGCUGGAGGGCCUACUUUGAGCUCACCGAGGGCGGCCUCCCCGCGAGCCAGGCCUUCCAGGCGCCCCCCAUCGCCAUCGGCGACAGCAUGGAGGGCCCGGCGCCCGUCCUGCUCAACAUGGGCGGCGGCGGCCAGAUCGAGGACCACAUGAAGGUCCAGCUCCUCGUCCGCGCGUUCCAGGUCCGCGGCCACCACAUCGCCAAGCUCGACCCGCUCGGCAUGAGCCACGCCGACCUCGACGGCACGACGCCCUCGGAGCUCACGCUCGAGCACUACGGCUGGACCGAGAAGGACCUCGACAAGGAGUUUGAGCUCGGCGCCGGCAUCCUCCCGCGCUUCAAGAAGGCCGGCACCGACAAGAUGACGCUCCGCCAGAUCAUGGACACGUGCAAGAAGAUCUACUGUGGCUCGAUCGGCAUCCAGUACAUCCACAUCCCGAACCGCGACGAGUGCGACUGGAUCCGCGAGCGCAUCGAGAUCCCGAACCCGUACAACUACUCGACCGAGGAGAAGAAGGCCAUCCUCGACCGCCUCGUGUGGUCCGACUCGUUCGAGCGCUUCAUCGCGUCGAAGUACCCGAACGAGAAGCGCUUCGGCCUCGAGGGCUGCGAGUCGCUCGUGCCCGGCAUGAAGGCCCUCAUCGACCGCUCGGUGGACCACGGCGUCAAGUCGGUCGUCAUGGGCAUGCCUCACCGUGGUCGCCUCAACGUCCUCGCCAACGUCGUCCGCAAGCCGACCGAGGCCAUCCUCGCCGAGUUUGCGCCGUCGCAGGACCCGAACGAGGAGGCGGCGGCCGACGUCAAGUACCACCUCGGCGCCAACUACGUCCGCCCGACGCCCAACGGCAAGCGCGUCGCCCUGUCGCUCGUCGCCAACCCGUCGCACCUCGAGGCCGCCAACGGCGUCGUCCUCGGCAAGACCAAGGCGCUGCAGCACUUUGAGGGCGAGGCCGACCCGUCGACCGCCAUGGGCCUCCUCCUUCACGGCGACGCCGCCUUUGCCGGCCAGGGCGUCGUGUACGAGACGAUGGGCUUUGCCGACCUGCCCAACUAUGGCACGGGCGGCACGGUCCACAUCGUCGUCAACAACCAGAUCGGCUUCACCACCAACCCGUCGCAGGGCCGCUCGACGCCGUACCCGUCCGACAUCGCCAAGGCGAUCGACGCCCCGAUCUUCCACGUCAACGCCGACGACGUCGAGGCCGUCACGUACGUGUGCCAGCUCGCGGCCGACUGGCGCGCCAAGUUCCGCAAGGACGUCGUCGUCGACCUCGUGUGCUACCGCCGCCACGGCCACAACGAGGGCGACCAGCCCAUGUUCACCCAGCCCAAGAUGUACGAGACGAUCAAGAACCAGCCGACGACCCUGUCGCUGUACACCAAGCAGCUCGUCGAGGAGAAGUCGUUCACGGACGAGGAGACCGAGAAGCACAAGUCGUGGGUGUGGGGCCUCCUCGAGGAGUCGUUCGACAAGAGCAAGGAAUACAAGCCGACGUCCAAGGAGUGGCUCUCGUCGUCGUGGGACGGCUUCCCCUCGCCGCGCGAGCUCAAGGAGAACGUCCUCGAGGCGCGCCCGACCGGCGUCGACUUUGACACGCUCAAGCACGUCGGCAAGACCAUCUCGUCGUACCCGGACGGCUUCAACGUCCACCGCAACCUGCAGCGCAUCCUCAAGACGCGCGGCACCUCGAUCGAGGAGGGCAAGAACAUCGAUUACUCGACGGCCGAGGCGCUCGCGUUCGGCACGCUCGCGCUCGAAAAGGUCCACGUCCGUGUCUCGGGCCAGGACGUCGAGCGCGGCACGUUCUCGCAGCGCCACGCCGUCCUGCACGACCAGAAGACGGACGAGCAGUACGUCCCGCUCAAGCACCUCGGCGAGGGCCAGGGCCCGGUCACGGUCUGCAACUCGUCCCUGUCCGAGUACGGCGUCCUCGGCUUCGAGCUCGGCUACUCGCUCGUCGACCCGGCCCUCCUCGUGAUCUGGGAGGCGCAGUUCGGCGACUUUGCCAACGGCGCCCAGAUCAUGAUCGACCAGUUCAUCGCCGCCGGCGAGCGCAAGUGGCUGCAGCGCUCGGGCCUCACCCUGUCGCUCCCGCACGGCUACGACGGCCAAGGCCCCGAGCACUCGUCGGCGCGCAUCGAGCGCUUCCUCCAGCUGUGCGACGACCACCCGUUCAUCUACCCGACGCCGGAGAAGCAGGCGCGCCAGGUCCAGGACUGCAACCUCCAGAUCGUGUACCCGACCAUCCCGUCCAACAUCUUCCACGCCCUGCGUCGCCAGAUCCACCGCGACUACCGCAAGCCCCUCGUCGUCACCUUCUCCAAGAACCUCCUCCGUCACCCGCAGGCGCGGUCGUCGCUCGAAGAGUUUGGGCCCGACACGCACUUCCAGCGCUACAUCGCCGAGGCCGAGCCCGAAGGCUUUGCCGCGCCCGACGACGUCGUGCGCCACAUCCUGUGCUCGGGCCAGGUCUACUACACGCUCCUCGCCGAGCGCGAGAAGCGCGGCCUCAAGAACGUCGCCAUUUCGCGCGUCGAGCAGCUGUCGCCGCUCCCGUACGACCUCAUCACGCCCCACCUCGACCGGUACCCGAACGCGACGACCUACUGGGUCCAGGAGGAGCCGAUCAACAACGGCGCGUGGACCUACGUCCAGCCCCGCAUCGAGACGGCCAUGCGCGAGACGCAGCACCACAAGACGCGCCGCGUCUACUUUGCCGGUCGCGGUCCGACCUCGUCGGUCGCCACGGGCUCCAAGAAGCAGCACGCGCUCGAGAUCGAGCAGUUCUGCGCCGCCGCGUUCGACCUCGAGGCGCACCGCGUCGAGUUUGACAGCCAGUCUGCGCACAAGAAGGGCGACUUCUAGACGUCCUCUAUCGCCUCUCUCUCUCUCCUCAAGUUGUCUUUGUCGGACCCUCCCUUCCCUCCUCGCCCGCCGCAUCUCGCACUCCCCUCUCCCUCCCUCGCCUGAAUAUGCUCCCCUCUCCCUCUCCUCUCACGCACCUCGCUCUCGACACAUCUUUUCGACUCGUCCAAGCCCUCUCUCCAUCUGUGCCCACCGCCUGCCCCCACUCCCUUGCCCUUUCUCUCCCUCGCCCUCUCUCCCUUAGCGACCCACCUCUUCCUCUCCUCCCUCACUUGUGAUCAUCAAAGACGAACCGUUCUCGCUGGA